GCUGCAAGUCAGCAAACUUGGGAGAAAUUCUGAGGAAACCAUUAGAAACAACUGUCAGCACAUUUCAGGGUGUGUGUGAAGAAAGUUCCAAAAUAAAAAUAAAGAACCUCUCUUUUCUGUGGAAUUCCCUGAUUAUAAGAAAGGGAAAAUUCAGGACUGCUUAUAUAUUUAACUGAUCCUGAUAUACCAUUCUGCAGGUCAAUAAAUGCCAGAGAAAUUUUGGGGAAACUAUUACAAACAACUCUCAACACAUUUCAGGUGGCACUGUUGAGGAUUCAAACAUUCCUUUCUCCAGAGAGAAGACUGAAGGAACUCUUCAGCUGCCUCUUCUGAGACUCUGCUUCAAGGGGAGCAAGAGCCCUUCACUGAAAUCCUCCCACCAUGCUGGGGCUGCUGCUGCUGCAGGUGUUGGCGAGCUGCCUCUGCCUGGGACACAGCGAGGUGGUGACAUCCUUUAAAACUGCAUGUACUCAGUUUUUCUAUGAGAAGACACCCCCAGGUGACACCCUGCGUCCAACAAAUGCAGCCAGGAUCUGCCAGGUCUAUGAUAACCAGUAUCGCUUUGCCACCCUGUACGACAAAACUCGCAGAAUUCCAGUGUACUCUGCUUACAUCUACAGGCCUGGACCUGGAGACAGAUUUGACUCAUGGUUUGUUGAGCCUCAGCUGAUCGACAAAAGUUAUUACAAAUAUAUGGAUACAGAGCAAUCCAUCAAAGAUACAUACAGGAUCACUUCAAAGGAAAUUGGCGAGAGUCAGGCUAUUGACCAUGAUUACAUCGACGCCCAGGGUCUGGACCGUGGUCACUUGAGUCCCAGUGGCCAUCAAACUGGCAACGACAAGUUGGCUACCUUCACCCUCACCAACAUUGUGCCCCAGUACAGCACACUCAACCAGCAUGCCUGGAAAGAGUAUGAGGACAAAACGAUGCCCCAGAAAACCGAGGGCUGUGAUAAGACCUAUGUCAUCACGGGUGCUGUACCUGGGAACAACAAGGUCCCCAGUGGGAGGGUUAAUAUACCCAGCCACAUCUGGUCAGCUGCCUGCUGUGUGAAGGGCAAAAAGCCCCUGAGGGCUUGGGGGGCCAUUGCUGAGAAUGAGAGAAACAAGAACAAGGUGAACAUCUUUAACCUGACGGAGCUGGAGAAAAAGUUGGCCAAGUUCUAUGGGAAGCCAGAGGUAACUCUGUUCAAAAAUUCCUGUUCCCAGCAAUAAGCCUCACAUCCUUGACGGAAAUGGCUCAGCAGAUUUUCUAGAUGGCAUAGAACCACAAAAUGGGUGGGUUUUAAUGGGACCUUAAAGCCUUCAAAAUCAUCACCUUUUGACCUUCCUGCCACAGGCAGGGACACCUUCCACUACCCCAGGUUGUUCCAAGCCCUCCCCAGCCUGGCCUUCAAUGCUUCCAGGGAUGGGGCAGUCAAAACAGCUCAGGGUAACUUUUGCCUGCACCACAGCCUGCUUCCAGGAAUUUACUUCUUUAGAAUAUCCCAUCUAACCCUGCCCUCCAUCAGUGGGAAACCAUUCCCUCUUGUGCUGUCACUCCAUACCCUUGUCCAAAGACCCUCUCCAGCUCUCUCAGACAUCCUGUAGGUACUGCACUCUCUGGAGUCUUCUCCAGGCUGAACAUGCCCAGCUCUCUCAGCCUCUCUCCAGAGCAGACGUGCUCCAGCCCUCAGAGCAGUGACAGUGUAAUUCCUGUGAUGCACUCUUUGAAUACCUUUAUUUUCUGAUCUGCUUCUGCAGUUUUUCUGCAGAUGAAUGGGAAAUUGAUUUGGGGAAAUGUAUUGUGAAUGAUCAAUGUGUGCCGCAUCAUUUAGUGUGCAACAGCUUCCAAUAAAAGUUAAUUUCUGCA